CUCUCUCCGUCUCUGCCCUCCUCAGUCCUCAAGCUCGCCUCACCUAUAAAUUCCAGGAUCCAAAACCUCCGCCACAGCCGCCAUCUCGGAGCACCGCAUCACGUACGCCUCCCUCGCCCAGCGAUCCCCGCCGCAUCUCCGGCGAAGAUGGUAGCUUUCAGGUUCCACCAGUACCAGGUGGUGGGGAGGGGCCUGCCGACGCCGACCGAUGAGCACCCCAAGAUCUACCGCAUGAAGCUCUGGGCCACCAACGAGGUCCGCGCCAAGUCCAAGUUCUGGUACUUCCUCCGCAAGCUGAAGAAGGUGAAGAAGAGCAACGGCCAGAUCCUCGCCAUCAACGAGAUCUUUGAGAAGAACCCCACCACGAUCAAGAACUAUGGCAUCUGGCUGCGUUACCAGAGCAGGACUGGCUACCACAACAUGUACAAGGAGUAUCGUGACACCACUCUCAAUGGUGCUGUCGAGCAAAUGUACACUGAAAUGGCUUCACGCCACCGCGUCAGGUCCCCUUGCAUUCAGAUCAUCAAGACUGCUACGGUCCACUUCAAACUGUGCAAGCGUGAUAACACUAAACAGUUCCACAAGUCGGACAUCAGGUUCCCGCUGGUGUACCGCAAGGUCAGGCCACCAACCAGGAAGCUGAAAACCACCUUCAAGGCUUCAAGGCCAAACUUGUUCAUGUGAUCCAAGUCAUCCUUCCUACUAUGUAAGCCCAGACUGUUUGGAGGAUUGCUAGUUCAGAUUAAUAUUUAUCUACAUGCAACCUAUUGUUUCUAAAUCCUAGUUGGUAGGUCCACGCUGUGGCCUUUCUUGUCUUGAUGAAUAUCCUUUUCUUUUCUUUUCCUCCUCUUUAUCAUCUGAUGCCUUGUAUGGAUAGUUCAACUGUCUUCUGCUUUAAUGUUUGCUGACAUAUCUAAGGGGUGCUGGUUGCUUAUGUGUGACCUGUUGUCCCGCCCAGUUGUCCUGUUA